CAGCGAUGCCCAGGGAUGAAGGACAGCUCUUUCUCUUGGCUGACCAGAAUGGCCCUGGUGGCCUGGAAUCCCAAUCCCUCCUUUCCGAGUCCCCCCCUCCAGACCACGAGCCUGUGAACCAUGCCGCUCCGGCCAGCUCGUCCCCUAGCGGACGCCCGCACCAGUCCUCUAUAUCCCAACCGGCUCCCGACGGACAACGCCGCACUCCCCGUACCAUGAAUCGCGUUCGAUUCGAUCUGGAGGAAGAAACCGAGGACGAACGCCGCUCGAAUGGUCGCCCCCGUGACUCAGAAGACUCGUUGUGGCUCGAGGAGGAGGACUACGGCCGCGCGGACGGCAGUCGGUCAGCACGGCAAAUGGUGCCUCUGCUCACAGACAUCGAGGCCCCGAGCGUGACCCUUGCCACUUCCGACGAAUUCUUCCCUGAGGAUCAUCUCGAGAGCGCGAGACCGAGGAGCGGAAUGCGCAUGGCGUUCAUGAACAUGGCCAAUAGUAUAAUAGGAGCGGGUAUAAUCGGGCAGCCCUACGCACUUCGGCAAGCUGGCAUGAUGAUGGGCAUUGUGCUCCUGGUUGUGCUUACUGUUGCGGUGGACUGGACCAUUCGCCUCAUAGUCAUCAACUCGAAGCUAAGCGGCGCGGACUCGUUCCAGGCGACAAUGCAGCACUGUUUUGGCAAGAGUGGUCUCAUCGCCAUCUCGGUCGCUCAAUGGGCAUUUGCGUUCGGCGGGAUGAUUGCAUUCUGUAUUAUCGUUGGGGAUACCAUACCGCAUGUGUUGAGCGCUUUAGUCCCUUCUCUCCAAGAUAUGCCGUUCCUCUGGCUCUUGACCGACAGACGGGCCAUUAUCGUCCUUCUUGUUCUGGCAAUCUCGUAUCCGCUGUCUUUAUACCGGGACAUUGCAAAGUUGGCAAAAGCAUCCGCCUUGGCGUUGAUCAGUAUGGUAGUUAUUGUGGUAGCUGUGAUGACCCAGGGAUUCCGUGUACCUGCAGAAUCGCGGGGUGAUGUCAAGAGCCUCCUGUUGGUUAAUAAUGGUUUCUUUCAGGCAGUUGGGGUCAUUUCAUUUGCAUUCGUAUGCCACCACAAUAGCCUUCUGAUCUAUGGCUCACUGAAAAAGCCGACAAUGGAUCGAUUUGCGAGAGUGACCCAUUACUCGACCGGAGUUUCGCUCAUUGUGUGCUUAGCCAUGGGCAUUUCUGGCUUCCUUUUCUUUGGAUCACAGACUCAAGGCAAUGUACUCAAUAAUUUUCCGUCGGAUAAUAUCCUGGUCAACAUAGCACGACUAUGCUUCGGCCUGAACAUGCUUACCACCUUACCACUCGAGGCGUUUGUGUGUCGGUCAGUGAUGACGACCUACUACUUUCCAGACGAGCCUUUCAACCUUAAUCGACACCUGGUCUUCACAUCCGCGCUGGUCGUGUCGGCCAUGGCCAUGGCCCUGAUAACCUGCGACUUGGGUGCAGUAUUCGAGUUGAUUGGCGCGACUAGCGCUGCUGCACUGGCUUACAUCUUCCCCCCUCUUUGCUAUAUCAAGCUGAGCAAUGCCUCGCACAAAGCCAAGAUUCCCGCAUACUUGUGCAUUGUGUUCGGAGUGACUGUAAUGGGGGUCAGUCUGAUGCAAGCCGUGGCGAAAAUGAUAAGCAACCAAGGUGGUGCAAGUUCUUGCAGUGCGUAACGAGAAAAUCCGGUUCACGGCAUGCAGAUAUAUGCAUGCAUGGUUUCCGAAUCACUAUAGACUUCUCUUCUCUCGGGCCAUCUCGAUACAGAUGUACAUAUAAAUGUGCUACCAGCACAAGAUCUUUUGAAUCAAUCUAUCUACCAA